AUGGGAAACCGGAAGAGAAAGCUCAGUUCUGACAGGUGGAAUGGCCACGAAAAUGGUGUGGCUGAGACUAUGCCGCGUGUACAAGGCGAUAACCCGAGCACCGACAGCUACAACAACAAUGCGACAAAGAAGCGGAAGAGAGUAGAUGGGGAGAAGGUGAAAUACCCAGAUCUUUCCUACUCGGAUGGAAAGCUGCAGUCAGCGAUCCGAAUUGCAGACCUUCAGGGGUUAAUUCUCUACUGCUUCGCUGAUGGAAUCGCACCGCAAUGGAUCUCGAUGAAGCAUUCUGGCCAUGUGCGCAAGGUGGUUGUACUGAUGGUACCAGGACUCGAGAUGGGCAUGUUUGAUGGGUCCAUUCUUGUUGAACCGAAGGAGAACGCGGAGGAGGAAAGAUCGGACGAACCUCCACCGACCGAACCAGCCCAAGAUGAUCGAGCUGUCGAUUUCGAACGAUGGAAACAAGGUCUCCCACAGGAAGACCGUUCGCACCGCUUCAAUCCCCGUCCUUUGGCUCGUGACAACCUUCCUCAACCCCUUCAGCCAUUGUCAGACAUCUUUCCUCACAUUUGGCCUGUAAAGGCGCCAGGCGACAACAAAUACAACAAGGUCCACUCGCCGUUGCAGGCCAUUUUGCUAUCCACGGCUCCCAAAUCGAAGAGUGACGAGUCCCGAGGAAAAGGUCCUCGCCCUGCCAAAGUCGAAAAAGGCUUCGUCCCUCAGCGGACACCGAUCACCAAAUUUAUCACUUCCCGCGAAGACCUCGAAGACAGCGACUACAUCUUGCAUCCUGCCUUUUUCACACCCGAGGAGAGGUCUUCCCAGGCGGAGGCUCGUGAACGAGGUGGAACUACAGCAAAGGAUGGGUGGGUAAACACUGAAGUUCUGACGCUGGAAUCCGCUGAGGUGCCGGACGCAGAGAUUGAACAGGGCAGCAUGACUGCUGGACGGGAUGUGUUUGCCCUCGAUUGUGAAAUGUGCAUUACAGAAGGGGGCCAGUCCGAACUCACGCGCAUCAGCAUGGUAAACUGGGACGGCGAAGUCGUUCUGGACGAGCUGGUCAAACCCGAUCGCCCUGUCAUCAACUAUUUGACACGCUUCUCGGGCAUCACACCAGAGAUGCUGGAACCUGUGACAAAUACCCUUGCCGACAUCCAGCAGCGUCUGCUGGCCCUUCUCACACCGCGUGCCAUCCUCGUGGGACACUCUCUCAACUCAGACCUCACUGCCCUGAAACUGGUUCACCCCUUCAUCGUCGACACCAGCAUCAUCUACCCACACCCACGUGGUCCACCUCUGAAAUGCAGUCUCAAAUGGCUCACCCAAAAGUACAUGAACAAACAGAUCCAAAACGGAAUGGCCGGCCAUGACUCCAUUGAAGAUGCCCGUGCUGUUUUGGAACUGGUGAAGUUGAAGUGCGAGAAAGGCGAACGCUGGGGUACCAGUGAUUCCUCUAACGAAAGCAUCUUCCGUCGUCUUGCACGCUCUGUCCGACCAGCCUAUGUUCCUCGUUCAGGCGAAGAACGAACAGGUGCCGUGGUUGACUGGGGCAAUCCCGAACGUGGUUUCGGCUCGCAAGCAACAGUCUCCAUUGGAUGUCAAGAUGAUGAUGCCGUGGUCAAUGGCGUCUCUGCGGUGAUAAAUGGCGACGAGUCCAAUCUUUCCAUUCCUGGCGGUGGUGUCGAUUUUGCCUGGGCUCGUCUCCGUGAGCUCGAGUACCUUCGCGGCUGGUGCAACCGCAUGCCAGACCCGAACAAUGCGAAUGAAUCUACGACUCUUGUUCCUCCACCAGAAGAAACCACACCCACGACGGGCACUGGCACUGAAUCAACAGACCUCCCACAGCCUGACGUUCUGGCUAAAACCGUUUCCCAUACAGUAUCCAACAUCUCACGCAUCUACAAUUCUCUUCCCCCGUGUACACUCUUCAUGGUUUAUUCUGGAACUGGAGACCCACGUGAAGUGAGCCGACUACAGAGCAUUCAGAGGCAACAUCGUGAGGAGUUUAAAUCUGGCAAGCCAUGGGAUUCUCUGACCUACAAAUGGACCGACACUGAGGAGCAAUUGCUGAAGAAAGCAUGCGAGCGUGCGCGUGAAGGCUGUGGCUUCAUGUGUGUGAAAUGA